UUUCCCAGUGUCCUGCCUCCCCUCCCACACCAUCUCUUUCUGUCUGUUUGUCACUGUCCCCAUGUCCAUGGUGGUAUCUCCUCUGUCAUCUUCCAGUGCCAAGCCAGAUAGUGGGUGACAUUGGGGAUCCCUUGACUGAUCAGGAAGCCUCCUGUACUGUCCAAGCCCCUGAGCUCUGGAGCCUUCUCCCCACCCUCAGCUCAGCCCCUGCCAAUGGGCAUGGCAGACACCAUCCUCUGCUGUCUGGCGGCCUAUCUGGAAGAGCUGGAGACUGUGGAGCUGACCAAGUUCAAGAUGUACCUGGGCCUGGAGGCUGAGAGGGAGGGGGAGGGGAGAGUGCCUUGGGGCCGAAUGGAGAAGGCAGGACCGCUGGACAUGGCACAGAUCUUGGUGGCACACUGUGGCCCGGCUGAGGCCUGGGCACUGGCCCUGCGGGUCUUCAACAGAAUCAACAGGAAGGACCUGUGGAAGCGGGGGUGCCACGAGGCUCUGGUGAAGGAUGUCCUACACUCUUUGGAGGUCACGGCAUGGGACUCCUGCGGCAGAGAGUCUGGAUGCUUGGCCAAAGCCUUCCCAGGGGCAACAAAGAAAGGUGAGCAGUCAGGACUGUGCAGAUCCUGUUCCAGCACAAGCCAGCUGGAUCCCCAGGAAACUUACCGAGAACACAUCAGGCGCAAAUACCGGUUUAUUGAGGACAGGAACGCCCGCCUGGGAGAGCUUGUGAACCUUAGCCAGAGAUACACGCGACUGCUCCUGGUGAAGGAACACGCCACCCUAACCAGAGCCCAGCAUGAACUCCUGGCCACGGGGCGGCAGCACGCCCUGUGCCUGGACCAGCGGGCCAGCCCCAUCCAGAUCGAGACCUUGUUUGAGCCCGACGAGGAGCGACCCGAUGCACCACACACAGUCGUGCUGCAGGGGGCUGCCGGGAUUGGGAAGUCCAUUCUAGCCCAGAAGGUCAUGCUGGACUGGGCCGAUGGGCGCCUGUACUCGGGCCGCUUUGAUUACCUCUUCUACGUGAACUGCCGAGAGAUGAACCAGGUCCGAGAGAGGAGCCUGGAGGACCUGAUUUCGGUCUGCUGGCCGGACAGGAACGUGCCCAUUUCCGAGAUUAUUCGAGUCCCCGAAAGACUCCUGUUCAUUAUUGACGGCUUCGAUGAGCUGCGGGCCUCCUUUCACGAUCACAGAGACUGCGGCUGCAUCCAGCGGGCGGAGAGGAAGCCGGUGGAGGCCCUUCUGAGCUGCCUGCUCCGGAGGAAGCUGAUUCCGGAGCUGUCCUUGCUGAUCACCACCAGACCCAGCACCCUGGAGACCCUCCACCACCUGCUGGAGCACCCCCGGCACGUGGAGAUCCUGGGCUUUUCCGAGGCGCAGCGCGAGGAAUAUUUCCACAAGUUUUUCCGCCACGAGGAGCAGGCACGGCAGGGCUUCAGCCUGGUGCGCGACAACGAGCCGCUCUUCACCAUGUGCUUCGUGCCUAUGAUGUGCUGGAUCGUCUGCACCUGCCUCGAACAGCAGCUGGAGGCGGGCUGGCCCUUCCCCCAGACCUCGAAGACCACCACGGCCGUCUACACGUUCUAUCUGCUGAGCCUGCUGCAGCCCAAGCAGGGGAGGCCCCGGGCCCAGCCGCCGCCCAACCUCAGGGGCCUCUGCUCCUUGGCUGCCGCGGGCCUCUGGGGCCAGCGGAUCCUCUUCGAGGAGGAGGACCUGCACAGGCACGGCUUGGAGGCCGACGAUGUCUCGGCCUUCCUCAACAUGAACGUCUUCCACAAAGACAUCCAGUGUGAGAGAUACUACAGCUUCAUCCACUUGAGUUUCCAGGAGUUCUUCGCCGCGAUGUUCUACGUGCUGGAAGGAGAGCGUGGGGCCUCUCCCCCCGACGUGCAGAAGUUUCUCGACCACUACGCCAAGUCGGAGAGGAGCUCCCUGGCUCUCGCCGUGCGCUUCCUCUUUGGGCUUCUCAACGAAGAGAGGCGGAGCUCCCUGGAGAAGCACCUUGGCUGGAAGACCCGUCAGAGGGCGAAGCAAGACCUGCUGCGAUGGAUCCAGGCCAAGGCACAGAGCGAAGGCUCCACUCUGCAGCGGGGCGCCCUGGAGAUCUUCGAGUGCCUCUACGAGAUCCAGGAGGAGGACUUCAUCCAGAGAGCGCUGGACCACUUCCAGGUGGUCGUGGUCAGCGACAUGGCCACCAAGAUGGAGCACGUGGUCUCCUCCUUCUGCGUGAGUUGCUGCCGGAGCGCUCUCGUGGUCCACCUGUGCAGUACGAUGUUCAGUGCCGACAGCGAAGAAGACACGGAGAGUGAAGACAGACGGGUGUCGGUGUCGGAGGGCCUGGAGCAACCCCAGAACCAGCCUCCGAAGCUGCCAGAAAGGAACUUCCUCCCAGAGGCCUACUGUCAACAUCUCGCCGCUGCCCUCAGCGCCAACCGGAAUCUUGUAGAGCUGGUUCUGUACCGGAAUGCCUUGGGGAACCGAGGAGCGAAGCUGCUGUGCCAGGGGCUCAGACACCCCAACUGUCACCUCCAGAACCUUCGGUUGAAGCAAUGUCGAAUCUCCAGUGCUGCCUGCCAAGACAUCGCUUUGGCUCUCAGGACCAAUCGGAAUUUAACCCGGCUGGACCUGAGCAGGAACACGCUGGGUGCCACAGGCGUGAUGCUACUGUGUGAGGCCCUCCAGCAGCCCACCUGUCACCUCCAGAUGCUGCAGUUGAGGCGGUGUCAGUUGGAUGGGGCAGCAUGUCAGGAGCUCUCCAAAGUGCUGAGCACCAGCCAACACUUGACGGAGCUGGAUCUGACAGGCAACGCCCUUGGGGAUUUGGGGCUGCAACACCUGUGUCCUGGGCUGAGCCAUCCUGCCUGUAAGCUGCAGACACUGUGGUUAAAGAUCUGCCACCUGACGCCCUCUGCCUGUCAGAAUCUGUCCUCAGUCCUCAGCACCAACCAGAACCUGACUGAACUGGACCUCAGUUUAAACGACCUGGGAGACCUGGGGGUGAAAUCACUCUGCGAGGGCCUCUGCCAUUCCAAGAGCCAGCUGCAGACGCUUCGGUUGGGCAUCUGCCGACUCACCUUUGUCUCCUGUGAGGCUUUGUCCACCACCCUUCAGUCCAGCGUUCACCUCAAGGCACUGGAUGUGAGUUUCAAUGACUUGGAAGACAAGGGAGUGCACCUGCUCUGUGAGGGACUGCAGCACUCCAACUGUAAGCUUCACAAGCUGUGGCUGGACAGCUGCUGCCUCUCCGGGGCUGCCUGCAGGGACCUCGCCUCUGCCCUGGGGGCCAACCAGACCCUGAGGGAGCUCUACCUCACCAACAACGCUCUGGGGGACCUCGGGGUGCAGCUGCUGUGUGAGAGGCUGAGCCAGCCCAGCUGUAGGCUGCGCACCCUAUGGUUGUUUGGUAUGGCACUGAGUGAGGGGACCCAGCGGGCGCUGGCUGCCCUUCGAGGAUCUAAGCCGCACGUGGACAUCGGCUCCUGAGGCGCUCAGGCCGGGGAAGGCCUCAGCAUCGCCUUUCACGGGAAGCCUUCUGACACCAGGGGCCUCAUGGCCCAUCCCACCUUCUCCAAGUUUUCCUUAUGAUCAGGAAGUGUUGGAUGAGACACGUCCUAAAGGCAUGCCUGUACCUGAGAGUCCAUGAGUAAUGGGUCUAGCGUUGGACAAGAUGGGCUUUGAGAUCACUGCCAAUCCCAAGUGUUUCUGAUCCUAUUCAGGGGACUCCUGAUGGGUAAGAGGUUGGAAGAGACGCCCUCUGAGGUCCCUUCUGGCUCAAGGAGGGAUUUUCUCAUCUCGGGAGCUCUUUCAUUGGCAGAGGAUUGGAUGAGAUGACGUCUGACCUCCAGCUCUGGAAUCUCCAUGGUAGAUUCUGACGUGGGUUGGGAGGAUGAACAAGGUGCCAUCCUCAGAGGAUUCCUCUGUCUCUGUUGUCGAGGGGACCCCAGGCAAGGCACAGGAGCUUGGGCUCUCUGAGAUCUCCGCGUCAGGAAGUCCCAGUGGUGUCCUGAGAAAACCAGUCUAGCCUGGGCCAUCUGCCAUCAGCUGGAGAGGUCUGGGAUGCCGCCAUCUUUGCAACAGGCUGGAGGGGACUCUGAAUUCCUGUAAGGGCUGGUGGGGUGCUUAUAGCCCCCACCGGAAACUGGACAGAGAUCAAAGGACCAAAGAUUUCAAGCUGGAGAGGACCUUUGGGAGCGUCUGGCCGAGGCCACUCAUCUUAAGGAGGAAGAAAAAGCAGAGGUGGAGAGGAGUGGCAUGGCCAUGGCCACAUGGGCAGCAAGGUGUGGGGAGUGGAUUGGAAGCUGGGUCAGCGCUAAUGUCCUCAUUUCCCUGCUUCUCCACUUGGCCUCUCCAGUCCAUAUUUACCGAGCACCCAGUUGUGGGGUCAUAACUGCCACGGAGAUUGUAAAACAAAGGGUUCCACGCUCAUUACCUCAUUUCAGUCUCACAUGAAGAGGCUGAGUGACCUGCCUACAGUCACGCGGUGAGUUGGAGCCAGAGGCAGGAUCUGAACCCAAAGCUUCCUGGCCUCAGGCUCAGGGCUCCAUGAAAUUCCGAGCUGGGAACAUACUCUAGAACCCAGCUGUGGACUCUAGGAGGUUCCCAGAGAGGGCUUCAGUAUACCCCAAGAAGAGCAGGAAAGGACCUUGGACUGGUCCAGUGCUCUGGGGACAGGAUAAGGCUGAGAAACGGUGGGCAGAGAGGGAGAGUAACCUCAACAGAGCCAGACUGCCAGCAGUAAAUCAUCAAAUCAUCAUGAUCCAACCCAAUUGAUCAAGAUUCGUUAAGCAGCUAUGAUAGGGCAGACACAGUCCUGAGCUUGGGCGGAGAGAGACGAAAACCAAGGCAAUCCCUCCCUCAAGGACCAUCGCUCCGCCUUCCAACUCUAACCAUCCGCUUCCAGUCAGACCCCUGUCAGACUCACCCUAACUAAUUGCCUGCCCUUCUCCUCUUCCUAGCGCUUCAACCCCACAUCUCCCACAUCUCAUCCCCAUGUCCAGAAUUGACCUCACCACCUUCAUGUCCCCUGCAGACUUCCCUACUGCUGUCCCAGGCCACCACAGGUACCCUCAUCCUCAAGGCCUCAUAUUCAAACUCAUACCAAGGCCUUUGUAACAUCUCCCCAAUAAGCCCCUUCCCCUCCUCUGGCCCUGCUCACCCCAGUGAAGGUUCUUCUCACCUCAUACCUGGACUAGUGCAAUAGCUGCUAGGGGUCUGCCCCAAAUCUUCCCCUCUCCGGUCCAUCCAGCCUCACUCAGCUGCCAACAUCACCAUCCUAAAGAACAGAUCUAACCACAGCAUUCCCUCCCUCAAUAAGCUGCAAUGGCUCCCUAUUGCCUCCGGCAUCAAAUACAAAAUUCUCUGUUUUGACAUUCAGAGCCUUUCAUAACCUCACCAGUAUUGCUCCUUCCAUCCCAUGUUCUAAAGGCUCUUGCUACUCUAACAACUCUAUUCCGGGGCCCCUCUCACCUUCUACCCUGCCUCCCACCUCCACCAUGUUCUCUACCACUGGCCUCCUGGAUGCUCCUUGAACAAGACCCUCCAUCUCUGGGCUCUGGAUACUUUCUCAGGCCAACCCCAGGCCUGGCAGACCCUCCUGUCAGCCUCGUGGCCUCCCUGGCUCCCUUCCAAUCCCAGCUAAAAUCCCACCUUUUCAGGAAGCCUUUGCCACUCCACCUCAAUGCUAGUGCCUUCCCUCUCUUAAUUAUUUCCAAUUCAUCCCGUAUAUCACUUAUUUCUAUGUGUUUGUUGGUGUGGUGUCUACUGUGAGCCCCAGAGACCGCUUUGACCUUUGUUUGUAUCAAAACACAAUGCCUGACACAUAGUAGGCACUUCAUAAAUGCACACUGACUUGCUUUUGCUGGAGGAAAACACGGGUGCAGAUAAAUAAUCAUAAUAGCGGCCAGCAUUUCUAUAGCAGUUUGAAGUCUGCUAAGCUGUUCGCAGCUGUUCUAAUUCGAUCUCACAAUGACCCUGGGAGGGAGGCUCUAUUAAUACCCCCAUUUCACAGAUGAUGAGUAGAGGUUGGGAGAAUUGA